AUGAGCUCAGAAUUAUUACUAUCCGAUUCUAAAACAAGAGCAGAAGGACCAGGAAAACUGUGUGAAGCUGAGACCAUUAUCCUUCCAAGGGAUACAAGCCCCAGCAGAUGCGCCUAUUUCUUCAAACGGAAUACCAUAAUUAUCCCUUUUACUGUAAUUUAUAUUAUGGCUAUGAUAAUCUUAAUCUGCUUGGCAUCUUCUGCACACAGUAAUGGUUUGAUUAUCACCUUCAUGUUUCUAUCGAUUAUAAUUUUACCAUACAUGUUAGGCUUCUUCGUGUACUUGAACUGUGCAAAAUAUAAGUUACGCUGUCUUGAUAAUGAUUGUAAGUUCAAGUUGCUGGCGGAAGUUAUUACGCAUAAACCCAAUGUGGACAUGAGCACAUGGGACCGCAUUGCAUAUGAAAUGAACCAAUUCGUACAUGACCAUGGUAUAUGUGCAGAUAAAUCUUUUUUCUAUGAUGGUAAUUCUUGCUAUCAGGUUUUCAAAAAGUUGGUGAUUGCCCCGCCCCUUGCGAGCUCUAAUACGAAUAAUGUAAAUGCUGAUCUGGAGAUGAGAGAUAAUCGAAUAACCAACAAUAAUGAUUUUGGAAAUAGUACGUUAAAUAUGGAGUUAGGGACUUAUAUUUCUAAGGCAUUAUCCGUUUACAGGGAUUCUGUUGACAAGUACUGGGAAGAUAAGUAUCCAGAGAUCACAGUUUGA